GCUCGAGUAUGGUCGUCAGAAAAUGCACGCCCUGUGUGACGUCACGCUGCUACGUGGAAAGGAAGCAGCAAUGCUAAUGCUAACUGGCUACAAGUUGAGAGCGACCAAAACAAACGAUGACGCCUCCAACAAGUGAAGGGGAAAGUCGCCUUUGACAACGGGUAUCGUUCGACUAGAUGAUGAUGGACGUUUGGCGAAUCUAAGCCGAAGAUUCCUACUCAUUUCUCGAGUUAAAUCGUCAACAUUAGGUGGUGUUUGAGCGAGCUGUAACUGUACCCAGGAUUUCCCUGUACAUUAGCUUCUGCCAGCAGGGCGUCUGUGGAUCCAACUUUCCUCUUUAUUUUGGCUCAUGGAUUUAUACCGAAACAUGUAGACGCUUUUAUUCUGAGAACGCAGUGAAUUCUGUGUCCUUCGCAAUUUUCCAGGUCUUUCUGACAGGUCUUGAAUUUGCAGCUAGCCUAGCUCGAUUUAAAAGCCAAGAUGAGUUGGUUCAACGCCUCUCACCUGUCGACCUUCGCCAAACAAGCGUUGACAACAGCUCAGAAGUCCAUCGAUCGAGUUCUGGAUAUCAAAGAAGAGGACCAAUGGGGGGAUAUUACGAUUAAACCCUAUGAUGACGUGACGUUGCCAGGAAAACUGUCUUUAAGUGGAGGGUGGGGAAUGACGCAGUGGGAAUCACCUCCAGAAGAAGAGCCUGUCACUCCUCCCGCCUCCUCUGAGGCCAUCACUACUCCUGUUACCCGCACUGUUGUGGACGAGUCCGAGAACUUCUUUAGUGCCUUUCUAUCCCCCGGGGAUGAGCAAAGUGCUCCCAGAGAUCCAGUGGUGUCUGUACCGCCAACUAAAUCUCAGACACGACCCCAGAAGAAGGAAAAGAAAACCAGGCAGCCACAAAUUCAGAGUGAACUGCAGGUGACAGAAGAAUAUGAGAACAAGACUGAUGACAUGAUUGACAACCCACCAGGCGAGUCGGAGAUUUCCCAUGGUUACCCUGACACAAUUAUCCUCCAGCCAGUUUGUCCUGUUGCGACUGCUGCUGAGCUGCCUGAAAGUGACAGUCCAAGCAGAGCAAGGCCAGAUGCUGUACCUGGGGAUUCUGUGGACGCCAAGAUCGCAGAAGAGCAAUCAGCAGUCCAGCAUGAAGCCCAGCAACAUCCACCUAGUUCUUCUGGACCCUCUUCCGUUUCUCUGGAGCCUAAAGGCUACAGUCGUCAGAGUGAAUCGGCUGCUCAAUCUGCUAAAGAAACACUUUUGGAUCAAAAAGACUCAAAGUCAGAAGACCGGCAAAGUGACACACCGUCCCCACCUGUCAGCGCAUUCUCCUCAGGAACGUCUACAACCAGUGACAUCGAAGUGCUAGACCACGAGAGUGUGAUGAGUGAGAGUUCAGCAAGCUCCAGACAAGAGACUGGGGAGGGAAAGGGUGGUCUGCACCUGAUGCAAGGCUCGUUCCAGCUCCUAUCCGCCUCCACCUGCGGAGAUUUCCCUCGCCUGGAGGAUUACACCAAACUCACAGAGAGCUGUGGAUCCUCAUCGGACGCCUUUGAGCGCAUUGAUUCCUUUAGUGUGCAGUCGCUGGACAGCCGGAGUGUUAGUGAGAUUAACUCGGACGAUGAAAUCCCCACCAGUAGGACGUUGGCAUCCGUCACCUCUGCGUCUGCCUCCAUGACAGUGGUGUCACCAGCUGUGUGUCCCAAGCAUGACAAUCCACCGGAGGGAAAAGUAAUUGAGCAAGACGAGGAAGAAGACUUUCCGGAGAGCGUGAGGCAGCAGUCACUGGAUGAGAUGGAGGAGAGUGGACGCAGUGCUACACCUGUGAACAGUGAGCAGCCUGAAGUGUUGUUGGAGCAGGACUCUAACUCGACCUCGUCACUACUUGAUUCCACUUUGAAAGCAGAUGAGCUUCCCGUCCCCCCGAUAACAGAAGAGAUGAAAAGUGUUUCGACAGUUCAGAUCCUGGAACUUCAGAAGAUUAUCGAUGAGCUGACGGGACGUCUGGAAAAGAGAGAGUCUCAGCUCCUGGCAGUGAGCAAAGACAAGGCCCAACUGGAGGAGACGUGUGACAAUCUGAAAGAUGAAGUGAUCAGCCUGAAAGAGGAGAGCUCCACAGUUCAGUCACUGAAGGAUGAGUUCACGCAGCGAAUCGCAGAGACGGAGAGAAAGGCUCAACUGGCCUGCAAAGAACGUGACAUUGCCAAAAAGGAGAUCAGAGGCCUGAGAGAAGAACUGGCCUCAAGACUGAACUCCAUGGAUACCAUGGAGCUCAUCAGGGAGAAGGAGGAGCAGAUCAGAGGCCUGCUGGAAGAAGGCGAGAAGUUGUCCAAGCAGCAGCUACAGCACAGCAACAUCAUCAAGAAACUUCGUGUAAAGGAGAAGGAAAGUGACACGAAGUUGAUCAAGCAGCACAAGAAAAUGAAGGAGCUGGAGGACGAGCUGAAACACCUGCAGCAGGUUCUCGAUGGGAAGGAGGAGCUGGAGAAACAGCACAGAGAGAAUAUCAAGAAGUUGAACGCUGUGGUCGAAAAGCAGGAGAAGGAGGUACGAGGGCUGCAGGCAGAUGCUGAGGAGCUGCAGGAGAAGAACCGAAGUGUCCAGGCCGCAUUAGACAACUCUUACAGGGAGCUGGCAGAGCUGCACAAAGUAAAUGCCAGCAGAGCCAGUGAGGUGGAGGAGGUCGCUCUGAGCCGAGAGACGCAGGCCAAGGAGCAGCUGAGUCUGGCUCUGGAGAAGGCCCAGGAGGAGGCCCGGAUGCAGCAGGAGGCCCUGGCCAAUCAGGUGGCUGACCUGAGGAUGGCGCUGCAGAGGGCUGAGCAGCAGCAGGCUCGGAAAGAAGAUUAUUUACGAGAGGAGAUUGGCGAGCUGCAACAGAGGCUGCAGGAGGCAGAGACCAGGAACCAGGAGCUCAGUCAGAGCGUGACCUCUGCAACAAGACCGCUACUGCGCCAAAUAGAGAACUUACAGGCUUCGCUGGGUGGACAAACAGCAUCAUGGGAAAAACUGGAGAAGAACAUCUCAGAUAGGCUCACUGAUGCCCAGACUCAGCUGGCUGUUGCAGUAGAGAAGGAGCGCUCAGCCAGUGAGGAGCUUCUGUCAAUGAAAUCCCAGCUGGCCGCUCUGGACUCCCAGAAUUCCCUGCUUCGUCAGGAGAAGGCAAGACUAAUGGCGGGUUUUGAGACUGAGAAGAGCAAGAGGGAAAAGGUUGAAGAUGAGAUUUCCAGAGAGCGUGUGGAAUUGGAAAACCUUCGUGGAGACCAUAGCCGGAUGCUUGAAGAAGCAAAGAAAGAAAAGCUGCUUCUCACUAAUCAACUGGAGAUGGAGAAGAUGAAGGUGGAGCAAGAGAAAAAGAAAUGCUAUCUGGCACAGGAGGCAUUGAAAGAGAAGGAGCGGAAGAUGACAACUCUUGAGCCUCCAGCUUCGUCGACACCAACCCUGUCCCGCUCCAGCUCUAUCAGCGGGGUGGACAAUGCUGGUCUUCACACCUCCAUCUACUCACAGGAUGACAUGUUAGACCAGUCACUUGGUGGCAUGUCCGUGUCCAUGAGCAGCACCAACCUGUACGAGGCCGCCCGGCUCUCUGGAGGCUCCAGCAUUAUCGAGAACCUCCAGUCUCAACUGAAGCUGAGAGAAGGAGAGAUCGUUCAGCUGCAGCUCGAGAUCUCCAUUCUGGAGAGAAGUCGGUCGGUGAUGUCAGAGGAGCUGGUGAGACUCACCAAUCAGAAUGAUGACAUGGAGGAGAAAGUGAAGGAGAUCCCUAAGUUGAAAGUUCAGCUGAAGGACCUGGAGCAGAGACACAACACCAUCCUACAAAUGUACGGGGAGAAGGCAGAGGAGGCUGAGGAGCUGAGGCUGGACCUCGAGGACGUGAAAAACAUGUACAAAACUCAGAUCGACGAACUGCUGAAGAAUCAGAAAUAAGAACGAUAUUUUGGGUUCAACCAUAUCGCCACCGCUGCACAUCCGAGCUAUCAAAUCAUUUUAUGAAAUCUUAAUUUAUCCUGUUUUCCAUCCUGUCACGUAUUUAACCUGGGUUUGGAUGAGUAAAUUCUCUAUGAAGAAUAGAGAACAGUCAGGAUUCAAUGGUUCUGAUGUAACUCUUAGGGGACUUUUCACUCAGUUUGACAUGUAUCAAAGAUUAGAAGAGGCUUUUUGCACUUUAGAACAUGCUCCCUGUUUUCUUCAUGAUCAGAGGUUCUUCAUAAAUUAUAAUAUGUACAGAUAUAAUUAUGUUGCUUUCUCCGCUUGGUCACAAAUGUUUCUGUGGGAAUCUUCUAGGCAAGAUUAAUAUGUGAAGAAAUAAACAUAUAUUCAGGUGGUGGUUGGUUCUUUCAGU